AUGGAGCUGUCCAAGAAAGUAAAUGCAUCAGAGCAUGAAGAUGGUGUUGAUAAGAUCAGUAGCUUACCAGACCCUGUUCUUCAGCUGAUUCUUUCAGGUCUUCCAACUACCGAAGAAGUAAUUCGAACCAGCAUUCUGUCAACACGAUGGAAGUAUGUGUGGACUUCAAUUCCCUCCAUUGACAUAGAUUAUUCUAGAGGAUCGAAAUUUUUAAGGAACAAAUUAAAAAAGUUUGUUGAUGGGGUUUUAGAAAAGGGUUCCCUUGAUUUGGAGAGUGUUCGUUUAUGUUGUUCGGAACAUUACAGUAUGCAGAUUGUACAAAAGUGGAUUCAUGCUGUUGUUAAGAGAAACAUUAAACAACUUCACUUGUUGUUUUGCUGUGGACAUUGGCUUAAAAGUUUACAUUUGCCCGAUUGUCUUAUGACUUGUGGUUCAUUAGAGGUAUUCAGGUUGUAUUUGUACAAACGGCGUUUAAAUUUUUUCAAGUUGACAGGGUUUUCAGGACUUAGGGUUCUUGAGUUGAACAAUUUUGUGUUAGCAUACGACUCUGUGUACGUAUAUGAUUUUCUCAAAGGGUUGCCAUUGCUUGAGGAUUUGAGUUUGAUAGACUGCAUGAUGAAGAAACUCGUGUUUCUUUGUAUUUCAUGUCCGAAUCUCAAGAAUCCCAGACUUGAUAACCGGAAUAUCUCAGAGUUGUAUAAUACUGAGAGUAUCUGUGGUCGCAUAGAGAUUGUUUGCCCAAAAUUGGUGUUUUUUGAGUUUGAAGCUUUUAAAGCUUAUAAGUAUAUCUUCAAAAGUCUGGUUUCAUUGAAGAGAGCUGUGAUUCAUCCUGAAGACUUUCCAUAUAAAUAUAUGGAGCGCAAGUUUCGGGGAAAUGGUCUUUUAGAAUCUUUGUCCACCAGUAUCGACAUCUUCUGUUUCUCAUUAUAUCCCUCAGUUGUACCUAAUCUCAAGACAUUGGAGCUAACCACAGGAAUUCAUGAUAGCCCCAUAAUCAGUAAACUCAUCAGAUUCCUCACACGUCUUCCUCAAUUGGAGUCUCUCAAUUUGAUCAUUGAAGAGGACCAUUUUCUCUGGGAAGACUGGAAGUUGGAUGAAGCUGAGAGAAGAGGAAUUUUGACGCAUCAUCUGAAAAGAGUCGAGUUUCUUAAUUUCUAUAAGGAAAAGCUAAUACUUGAUUUAGCACGUUGUUUACUAAGCAUGGAGAUGCAUCGGAGGAAAUGGUUUUUAGAUAGGAUUGUGAAGAAGGCAAGUUUCAUGAGAGGGCAAUGGAGACUAUGA